AUGCCCCCCAAACGCCCCCUCCCCAAACACCAACCCAACCCGGGCGAACGUCUCAUCCUCAAAAAUCUCCUUCCGACAGGCCACUUCACCUGGAACUAUGCACCUCUCAGUCCCUGGCAACUCACGCGCACGGGAGACGCGGGAGCGCGACUCAUCGAAAUCCACAUAACAAAUUUCCGCGUGGCAAAUCUCGCAGCGGCGAUGGCGAAUUUUCCUUGGGGAGAUAGAAAAUUUCCUAUAGCGGUGUUUUUGGUCGUGGAUGUGACAGAGGCGUUUUCGGGGGAUAUGGAGGAGGCGGUGGAGUUUGUUAGGACGGGGGGGAUUGGGUCUUCUUCUUCUUCUUCUUCUUCUUCUGGGGGAAGAGGAGGGUUUGGGGAGGAUGUGGGGUUUGUGGAGGGGAGAGGUUCGGGGAAAUUUGGGAUGAAAAAGGGGAAAGAUUUGGGAGGGGAGGGGGCGAAGGAGGAGAUGAGGAGAUUUUUGUUUGCGUGUUUGUCGGUGACGUUGCCGAAGAUGAAGACGACGAAAGGUGUUGGUAGUAGUAGUAUUGGAGAGCGGGUGUUGGAGUUUUGGGAGGAUGUGCGUGCUGUGAGAGAGGCGGUGUGGGAUGACGGGGAGAUGAAGAGGUGGGUGGCGUUCAAGUAUGCGGUGAAGAGGAAGAUGGUGGAGGAUGCGGAAUUGGAGAAGAAGAGCAAUUUGAUUUGGGGGGUGAAGAAGGGUUGGUGGAUUGCUCUGGGGGUUUUGGUAUUGUUUCUUGUUGUUGGUAACUUUGUGCAAGUUCCUGGUACGAUGACUUCGCAGGAGGGUUUGUACAAAUAG